AUGGCUUAUCCCGCACACGCAUCACCGGCACUGCCACCGCUCAAUUCGCCUCGGCCGCAGAACACGCAGCGCUCAAUGUCCCACAUGUCCGAGUACGACCUCGAGCACAGAGACUCCGAUUCUACCACCACCUCCGCCGUGAAGCCAGCCCCCGAACCCGCAGUCGCAGCACCGCCAUUGGUAUCGCCCUCUCUCACACCUCCUCCCGGCACGUCAUCGACCGACCCCGCUACUCAAGAUGUCGAUGCCCACGAGGCCGAGCCAGCAGCUCCUCCCGCCCUGCUAGAAGAGCUACCAGAGGUCAAUUGCGAAGUACGCGCGCGCAUCCCUACCACCUCGGGUCAAGAAAUGUUCCUCCAUCUCUACCACAAUAGCGCAGAUAAUAAGGAGCAUUUGGCCAUUGUCUUCGGUCCUCACAUCCGCAGCCGAAGUCUCGAUGCUCCGAGGGAGGGUGAGACGGAGAAAGACCGCAUGAUCAGAGGCGCCUACGUGGGAAAGCUAUACCCUGGCCGUACGUCCAGUCGCUUGGAUCAGAUCAAACAAGACGCAGGUGUCUCGGCUGCACAGCUCUCACGGAGUCCCACUCCCGAAGCCGUAACGACGGAAGAAAGACAAGACAAGGCCAUCCAAGUCGCAGAAGCCCAGAACAUGCCUUCGCCAUUGGCACCACUCGUUCGUAUCCACAGCGAAUGCUACACUGGCGAAACAGUAUGGAGCGCUCGUUGCGACUGCGGUGAACAACUCGACGAAGCAGCCCGCCUCAUGUCCCUCCCCUUCGACCCCACCGACGAAAACAUCCCCUCCCUCGGCGGCGUGAUCAUCUACCUCCGUCAAGAAGGCCGUGGCAUAGGUCUGCUCUCCAAGCUCAAAGCCUACAACCUGCAAGAUCUGGGUCACGAUACCAUGCAAGCGAAUCUGCUCCUCAGACAUCCCGCAGACGCAAGAAGUUAUGGUUUGGCGACGGCUAUGCUGAUGGAUUUGGGCUUGGGUGGUGACAGAGGCAUCAGGCUGUUGACGAAUAACCCGGAAAAGGUGCGCGCAGUCGAGGGACCUGGAAGAGAAGUUGUGGUCAAGGAGCGUGUGCCCAUGAUUCCAUUGGCUUGGAGCUCUGGCGGUAAAGAGGGUGUACAAGGACCUGAGCUGGAAAAAUACAUUGGAACGAAGAUUGAGAAAUUUAAGCAUAUGUUCAGCCCUUCUUGA